AUGGCACUAGUUAAUCCCAACAAUCAUGAUGCUGAUGCUACUACUUCUGUGGAAAAUAUGAUGCAACGUCAUGUACGUUCUCCUUCUCAGUCUUCAUCUGUUUCCAGUGAAGAACUUCUUAUCUGGUCUAGAGAAGGGAAUGAUCUUGACUCUGACCUAUUUUCUGUUUCACCACCUUAUGAUGAAGAAUUACCACAUGUAACAAGUUCACAUUAUGAAAAUGGUUCCGUGACACAUAUAAAUGGAAAUUUGGAUUGUGAUAAUGAUGCUGGAAUUAGCACUGACAUGUCUAAUGUGAAUACAACGACAACAACACCAACAAUCUAUUCUUCGAACAACAAUAGUAAUCAUAGUCAUGGUUGUUCUGCUACCACCACCAACCUUCACUUCUCACCAUCUGCCUUAUCACCUUCAACAUCAAAGUCGUGUUUAUAUUAUAUCAAUGGAUCAUCUAAAUCUCAACUAAUGAAUUCGAAGCGAAUUAAAUUAACGAGAUCACCAGUGAAUGGAGUGUUACCUUCAUUAUCAUCGCCAACGUCAUCAUCAUCAUCAUCAUCAUCGUCAACGGCAAGAAUGCCGUCUUCUAAUAAUCAUGUUAAUAUGUCAACUAAUAUAUCUAAACAAAGAAAUCUCAACACCUUGGUAGAUGAUUUUAUUGAUUUAGACAUAAAAGCUACUACUACUACUACUGCCAACACUACUACUGCUUCGGGUACUUCAAUACCUGUCACAUAUUCUACUCUGCCGGAAGUCUGUUCUACUAUAGAUCCUCAAGAUUCACCUGUACCAUUUUUAUCAUGUUAUGUGAAUGGGCACGUUAAUCCCUCUGUGAACAAUUCAUUUAUUGCAUACAGUGUUACAGGACAGACAAGAGAUUCUCAGUCAACUGAAACAGAAAUGUGUAAUCACGAUCCUGUAGCCUUACAAUCCUGUCAUACACCAUUUGUCAACGAGAAUUCUACUUCUCAAAAUGUUGUCAAUCGGUCAAAUAACGGAGGUGUUCACAAUAGCAAAGUAUUGCACUGUCAAUAUUUCAAUCCACUAAAUCAUUUGGCAACAGAAAAUGAUUCAGAUGAAGAUCUAAUAGGUGGUGGUUACUCCUUUCCAUCGCCGUCAUCAUCAACGUCGGCGUCGCCGUCGUCGUCUGCAUCAUCGUGUAUACACAUGCCUACACAUGCACCACAGCACAAUAACACAAGUUAUAAUAUCAGUCAUAACGAAAAUAGUAAUAAUAAUCAUAAUAAUAAAUCAGUGCAGAGAAUCAAUGAGAAUGAUGAAAGAGGUGGUCAUCACCAGCAGUAUUAUUGUUAUUAUUACCAUAGAAGUCUUCGCCCAGAGAUUGGAUUGAUUCCGUCUACACUAGCCGAAAACAUCCCACUUCCAUUCAUGCUCAUUCCGACAAGUGAAUUGGCAUCAGGUGAUUCACUUACCUGCACAGUUGUCAAUAUUUUGCGAGGUUUAGGCCUUUUAGAUCGUUGUGGUGUUGAAGAUUUAUGCGCAAGCCUAUAUGACUUUUGGAAUGAUGACAAUAAUAGUCAUAUCCCCGUGUACCCAGUGAACUCUUUGUUCAAGUCAUUAAUGUUUCCCAGUUGUUGGGAAUCUCGACUUGAUGAUACUGUCGUCACGCGGUCAUCAUCUUUCACUUCAUGUACCCUGGUGAAUAAUACACGACGAUCAACAGUGCCUGGUGAACAUUAUGCCGCUGAACGUGAUCAUUAUAAUUUAUUCAAUUGUGAAAAUAAACUAAUCAAUGGUAGCUGUCUAGUCAGUUAUCUGUUAUCGUGUAGUUAUAUGGGUACAAGUUUUCUUGUACCACAUUCAAUCUACGAUGCUAGUGAUACAUCCCCGCAGUGUUGUUCACGUCCGUCAACAGCUUGUUGUCAUUUUGUAAUUGAUCGAAGCCAGCAAACGGCAUCUUCCUCAUCAUUGUUAUCAUCGCAAUCAUCGCCAUGUAAUAAUCCGACGGCAUAUCAUACAAGUUUAGUUCAACCAACAAUGAAUUGGCAUAGAGGAUGUGCUAAUAAUCUUGUCCUUAUGCUUACUCAUCAUACGACAGGCUCUAAAAAUUCCUCGUCUGUUGUUGAUAAACUGUUAACUGGUCGAUUUUUCCCCGGCUAUUCGUCAUGGCAAUCUGUAUGGCCAUUCAACAAUAAAAAUAAUCGUAAAUAUUUUGAUUACAAGUCGUCUACUACUCAAGAAAGUACUACUACUACUACUACUAUUAAUAAUAAUAAUAUGACAAGUACUCUCGCAUUAUGGUUUUCUGCAUGGUUACACUGUGGGGCAGUACCUGUGUUAGCUCAGUUAUCGGAUUCUACUCAUCAUUCAAGUGAUCAGUGUAAUUUGUCGGAUUUCUCUCUACUGAAUGAUAGGUCUAAAAAUCCUCCCCAUCCUCCGCCUCCUCCGCAACCAUCACCUCCACCACCACAAGAACUUGUUUGGCGUCAUCGGCUUGUUUACGGUGUUACGGAAAAAAAUGAAGUUUACCUGACAAAUCCAAAUGAAUUAGUCCCUGUACAAUAUGUAUUAGAUCAGUUAUCUAGGCAAACAGAAAUACGUAUUACUAAGGCGCAAAUUUCAAAUUUAUGGACUAAGCAUUACUUACAUUCUAAGUUUUAUAAUGACAGAAAUCAGACUACAAAUAUUAAUGAUAAAGAAAUUCUUUCGUGUAAAUCUACAUUUUUCACUGGCGAAAGUCUCACUUUACUCGCCAGACAUCCAGAUCCUAGAUGGGCUUCCAUGAAUAUAAUGGGACAAGUACUUUGUGCUCUUCGUAGUCUAGAACGAUGGGCUGAUAAUCUUGAGCUAUCCACUGCAUCAUCAACUGACUGUGGAAAUCACCAGUCAUCAGUAUUUCUCGAGACGAACUCUUCAUCUAUCAGUUUCAGCCGUAAUAGUUCCACAGAAGCAGAACAAUUUUCAACUCCUCCAGCUAUUGUUAUCCCAUCAGCUCAAGUACCUGGUAUCAGUCUGUUUGUUGUGAAAUCCAACUGGGAACUAGUUCAUACCCUGUUGCAGAGUAAAUACAUCCAAUAA